UCAGGCGGCUCCUCCCCAACAACAGUUCCCGACCUCCGACGAGAAUUCAAGCUGCCACAUUGAAGUGGAACAAAAAGGCAACCUGGCAGCAAUUUCUACACUCCCUCCACUUUCUCCGGGGUAGUCACGGGAUUUCAAUGUUCAGCCUGCUCUUUGCUUUCUGUGUCGACUUGAGCCGUACCUUUAUGGCGUGUGUGAGUGGAGAAUUCUGCCAGGCACAGCACCUCACCUCCGUGGAGAAGUGAAUCGGCCGCCCCCCGAGGGACUACGCUACCCGGAAACCCCCCUGACCGCCAGCACACUAGGAACUGCUGACUCAUCCAACGGCCCCCCUGGGAUACUGCGUAGUCCUUGGCCCCACUGCCCUGGCUUGACCCAUCCAAUACGUCGAACCUUUGCUCGCCGCUUUCUUCUUGAACAGCCAAUCACAAACAGCUCUCCUGAAUGGGCCGUCUUGCCAACAUGAACCGCCCCGCCGCAGUCGAGAUUGCCUACGAGUGCAUGAGGUUCCUCAUCACCCACAACCCCACCAACGCCACGCUCAACAAGUUCACCGAGGACCUGAAAAAGUGUGACGUGAACACACUGGUGAGAGUUUGUGAUGCCACUUACGAUAAGACUCCGGUAGAGAAGGAGGGGAUUCAGGUCCUGGACUGGCCUUUCGACGACGGUGCCCCUCCUCCGACCCAGAUUGUGGACGACUGGCUCAAGCUGCUCAACACCAAGUUCCGAGAGGAGCCUGGCUGCUGCGUCGCCGUGCACUGCGUUGCAGGACUCGGACGAGCUCCAGUCUUGGUGGCCUUAGCCCUCAUUGAGAAUGGGAUGAGGUAUGAGGAUGCUGUGCAGUUCAUAAGGCAGAAGAGACGCGGAGCCUUCAACUCCAAACAGCUUCUCUACCUCGAGAAAUACCGACCCAAAAUGCGUCUGAAGUUCAAGGAUACCAACAGCCACAACUGCUGCGUGCAGUAGGCGGCCUGUCCGUGCAGCUCUGCCGCGCACACGUCGUAAGGGAUCUUCCAACAAUGGGAGAUUAAAAAAAAAUGGAAAAAAAAAAAACCACGAAGAGUGCAUCAGUAAUUAUUGUGAUUUGUCAACACUGAGUCAUGGGUAAUUGAUCAGUCGAAUUAAUGAAUCCAGAUCUGGGGAUCCACCAGCCGAACCAAUGAAUGGAAGGUCAAAGCACACACAUAGGCCUGCCUCCCGGUUAUGCUGUUCAACCGCUGGCCAGAGUUAUCUUUUUUCUUUUUUUUUUCUUUUUUUUUUUU